AUGACUAUAGAUGAAUUUUAUAGAAAAUUGUUACAAAUAGGUAGACGAGCUAACUAUAGGCCUAAAGAAUUACAUAAUAAGUUCUUGGAUGCCUUUCCUAUUCCAUGGCUUGAAAAAGCUAAGGAUAUCAGUGAAUAUUUGCUAUUAGAUGAAUUAGCUAAAAAGCUUUAUGAGAUAGAGUUACAACAAAUUGCUAGACAUAAAAGAGAUAGAAUACCUGAUCUGCUACCAAGAGGUCCACCACCUUCAUUACAAACAGAAGAAGAUGAUAAUGAGAAUGAAGAAGGUGGAUAUAAUAAUAAAGAGAAUAAAUGGCAUGCUCCAUCUCAGUCAGAAAAAAAAAACAGGUAUUGGUAA